UUAAAACCGCAAAUUUUUUGAAAGUCACACUAAUAUUUUUCCAUUCCCUCCCCUCUCCAAAUUUCCUUAAAUUUCAUUUUCCCUCGCGAAAAACAACACCUAAUUUUCCGUCCCUUUUCUCGUCCGCCUUCGAAACCCUAAUUUUCGCUUUCAACAAAUUUUGAUUCCAUUCUUCUCCAUUUCGUUACCCAAACUAAAAUGGAAAAUAAUUCUGCUGAAAUCGCACUUCCAAAUUCAUUUGAUCCCGCCAAAACCCUAGACGGGCAAACGUUGGAUCAGCACACGGGUUCUUACUCCAAACUCGAAAAUCCUUCAAUUGUUGAAAACUUAUCGACGGUGGGCUCUGAAGAGUUGCAGGAAGAUUCUGAUUUACUAGACGCAUUUUUGUACAUGGACGAAGAGAACGAGGAGAAAGAGAGUGAAAUUGGAGAGGAUGAACACUCGAAUUGGUCGCCGACUACUGAUUUUUCUGCCGGGCCUUGCUCGAAAAAUUAUGAUCUCAACGGAGAAUCUUUGGCUUUGAAUAUUAAACCCUCGGCAUCGGACUGGGGUAAAUGGCCUUCGCCAAAAAGACCGGCCGAAAUUGAAUUCAAUACUCCUGUUUUGAGUUUACUAUUGGAAGAUGCCAAGCCUGUUAUCGUGGGAGCAGGUUUCGCAAAUUUGGGCAACACGUGCUUUCUGAAUGCUGUGUUACAAUGCUUUAUACACACUGUGCCACUUCUUCAAGGACUUUUUUACUCUUCCCAUUUGACUCCUUGUCAUUUUUACAGUGAUGGCUUCUGUGUGCUCUGUGAUCUGCGUGAGCUUGUUGAACUUUCGUUGAUUUCUGCUGGCAGAACUGUCACCCCUGGGAAGCUUGUGAACAGUUUGAGCUAUUUUUCAUCGAGUUUCAGAAGGUUUCAACAGGAAGAUGCUCAUGAAUUUCUGCAGUGCUUUUUGGAUAGACUUGAAAGUUCUGAAAAUUCAAAGCUGAAAGAAGCAGUGUCUUCACGGAAUGACAACUUUGUGAAGCAGGUUUUUGGUGGUCGUCUUGUUAGCAAACUAAAGUGUUGCAACUGUGGUCACAGUUCUGACACUUACGAGCCAUCAAUAGACCUAAGUUUGGAGAUUGAGGAUGCAGACACGCUGUUAAUAGCUUUACAAUCCUUCACAAAGGUUGAAAAAAUUGAAGAUCAAGAGACUAGGUUUACAUGUGAAGAGUGUAAGGAGCAAGUAUCGGUUGAGAAACAACUUGUGUUGGACCACGCCCCUGCAAUUGCUGCAUUUCACUUGAAGAGAUUCAAAAGUGAUGGUUGUUAUGUUGAGAAGAUUGACAAGCAUGUAGCAUUUCCAUUAGAGUUGGAUUUGCUGCCUUUCACUGGUGGUGACAAAACAAAUGAUGCAGAACUUAAAUAUGAACUUUACGCUGUUGUUGUGCAUGUUGGAUUCACAUCCACUUCGGGCCACUAUUAUUGCUUCAUUCGUGUAUCCCCCGAUACAUGGUGCAAGUUUGAUGAUUCAAAGGUAUUUCGGGUUCAUGAACAGUUUGUGCUGUCACAGGAGGCAUACAUUCUCUUUUAUGCAAAACAGGGCACCACCUGGUUUUCAAAUUUUAUUGAAUCUCAAAAACUAGGCAUCCACUCAACUGUACUGAACAACUCCCCCAAAUCAGUGUUGGAUAAUCCAGACAUCUAUGCAUCUCCUCUUGUGCAAAAUUAUCAUGGUUCUGAUGUCAAUGGAAGAGAUGACACUGCUGAUGAAUCUCUUCCAGAGGAUUAUAGUGAACCAAAACUUACUGGAGUUGAGAACAUUGAAAAUAAAGAUAAUCGAUCAAGUGCAAUAGGUGAUUUGCCCAAAGAAUCUACUUCAUUGCCAAAGGUAGUAAAUAAUCCAUCCAAUGUAACUUCACAUGUUGCUCACAAAGUAAUUUCUUCAAGUUCACUGAAAAAAAUUAACAUCGAUAUGGAGGUUGGUGCUGUUGGAAAUAAACCCAAUAUUACUCUAACACCUCAGAGAUCUUCAAGUCCAGAGAUGUACAGAGAAGACGAACCAGAUGCUGGUUUAUCUAUUCCGCAUGACCAUUUGAGGUUGGUGGAUAGUAUAUCUUGCAAGAGAAAAUUGGAGAAGGAUCUGGAUGAUCAGGAAACAAAGCAGGCCUUCUCAUUCAUAAAGAAAAGCAUUCCGGGUUCCAGAGGUCAGCAGUUAAUGGCUGCUUUGAUGGGGCCACGCAGUGAAGGUGCUGUGAAUAAGAAGAGGAGUAAAAGAAUGAGUUCGUCUCCAAAUAGGGUUAAGAGUACUUCGACUACUCGUGACAGGUCGAGCAUUGGAACUAAAGCUCGUCCUUUGGUUGCUGGGGGUUUCAGGUGAACAUGAUUUCUUGCAGGUAGUCUCAGAUGUCCUGGUUAGUUUUCAUAAAUCUGUUAAAGGAUGGUCCAUGUAGUUUUUACUGGAUGUUUUGCUGGAAUUUCUGUUUCAACAAAUCGGUCAGGGACAUUCUCCUUUUUGGGCUCUAGCUUAUCUAGCUUCCACUGGGCAAUUGGCCGGUAGGUAGCAUUUUUCUAGCUUUGUUAAUAUUUGGUGUAAAGUCUAGUAAAGAUUAUCGAUAUUAUAUUUAUAGGGAAUGACAAGGGUAUUGAAUUACGAAGGUUGAGCACUGAGUUUAAUUUCUA